AUGAGAUGGAUUAUUCUAUUGUACGUUUCUAAUAUUAUAUAUGGAUUUGUAAAUACAUUAUUCCCUAGAUGUGAAGAAAUUAUAGAUAAUCCCAAAACAACAAUACAAGUAAAUUUUUGGACAAAUGCAUGCAAUAAUAUUAGAGAAUAUUAUCCUCCUGUAACUAAUUACGAUUUUAAAACUAUUAUAUGCCCAAAAGUUAUGACAUAUUUAUAUAAUAUAUAUAAUUUACGAGAAGAUUCACUAAGUGAAGUUGGCUUUAAGUACUUGUAUUACUGGAUAUUUAAGUACUAUCUAAAGGAUGAAAAAAAAAGCAAUCGUAUAAAACCACUUUAUGAUGAAUUGCUCAAAGUAUAUAAUAAUUGGGAUCAUAAGGUGCACAGUGCUAUUGCUUUUCAGGAAAAUGAAACAGAUGAUGAAUUGGAAAAUCUAAAAGACAUAUAUGAUUUGAAUAUUAAACUUCAAGGUAUAGGAAAAAAUUUAUAUUGUGAUGGUCAAUAUAGAUGUGAUUGUGCCGAGCAAUGUGCUAAAAUUUAUGAUCGCCUCAAGAAAGCAUGUAUAUCCAAUUAUGAUCAUAAUUUACAUAAUUUGUUAGAUAAAUAUAGAAAUAAAUUUAUUAAUCUAGACUUAAAUUCAGCAUGUGAUAAUAUUAAACAUUUAAUAUUACCCUUAUAUGAAGAUAAUAAACAAAUGAUUACUUCAUCCAAAUCUAGUAUUGUGUUUCCUAGAAAAAUUCCAAUUUUUUUUACCCCAUAUGGCUUAAGGGUGAAACGUAAAAUAAAAUGUGUUAAAAAAAAUUGGAAUAAUGAAGAUGAAAAAUCCCCAAUAUUCGGAUUUUCUGAAAAAUAUAACAGUCUUUCUAUGAAUUACAACUAUAAUUUAUCAUUUUGA